AUGUCGCGCCCGCUACUUCCCGAGUCAGCGUACGAAGCUCUUGGGCUCUCCCCUCAAGCGAUCAAAGACCUGAUGAAUCCCAAGCCUAUACCCGAGCCUCCUCCAGAGAUUCACGCACCGAAUCUCCUCCAGAGCGACGAGAAUAAUGCGCGACCUAUGCUGCCCAACGAAACGUCUAUAACGCUAUACGCCGAACUCCUGCUGCAUAUACGCACUGUUACGCUUUUUGCAUCGCUGCGCGCGAACAACUCAAAGCAGACGGAUGCAAAGCUCUCUGCCGAUGGUUCCUUCAUCACCGUGUCGCACGAGGGCGCGUCUGCAAAGAUACGUCUGCCGAUCAACGUCAAGGGUGGGGGCGAUGCCGCACUUGAACUGCCUUCGCAGCCACCAAACAAGGAGCUGACGCUACGUCUGCAAGUGGAAGAGCAAGAAGGAAGCGACCUCCUAGGGGCAUUGCGACGCCAGGACCGCCAGGCCAACAUUGUACCCUGGGACGGCGCUUCACUUAACGACACAAAAGACGUAGAGAUAGUGUGUAAGAGCUGCCAAGGUGUUCUCGUGCCAAAAGGAAAGAUCCAGCAAUGGAAAGACCUCCCAAAUGAGAACUGGGCUGAGAUGAUGGACUUCUGGCACUGCCACAAACCAGACGAGCAUCACUUGCACGAUCAUACACAUGAGCACGCCGUCGGCCAAAAAGGCUAUGCUGCUGGUAAUCGGUUACAAGCCACGCAAGGUAUAGGUUUUGUAGACCUGGCCAGCUUCCUUUUAGUGGAAGCAGACUGCGAGGGUGCACAGCUAUCUCCUGCAGAAGAAGGCACACAGUCGGCCUCAGUCGUAUGCAAGCACUGCAACCACACAAUCGGGACCCGAGACCCCACCACCGAUGGCUGGCGAAUACGCAAAUGGACUGUUGGCAUAACUUCCACCGCAACCGACCCGUCUUCAUCCUCCAUCCCCUUCUUCUCCACCCAAAGGUGGAUCUCAGCCCGCCUCCUCUACCUCAUCGAAAACACCGGUCUCCGCAAAUUCCAUGUCCACAUCGCUCCUACCACAUCACAAUCUCAACCCCCAGCCCCCAUAUCCUCCCUCCUCUUAUGGGUCUUCACCCCGGACCUCCUCUUCUCCUCAUCCAUCCCUAGCCCCGGCCGCCUCGACCCCACACGCUCCAUGAAAGUCUUCUUCGAGCGCAAAACUUGGCAGCCGCUGCAGCCUGGCGAGCCUGAAAACGCGAGUAUAGAGGAUGUUGAGUUGGAGCUGGAAUUGUAUGAGGAGUUGGAUCAAGCGCUGAGGCGGAAUCAGAGACUCUUGCCGCCGACGGCGAAGAAGUUUCAGGGGUGGGAGGUGGCGCUGCUAGAGAGGUUUGAGGUAGCGGAGGCUGGUAUGGGGAGGGCCGAAGGGGAUUUGUUGGCCGAAAAUGUGGAUUGA